AUGGGUGCUAGGGAGAACGGGGAAGAGAGAAAUGACCAAUCAACUGAUGUGGAAGUGGAACGAGAUGCUAAACUAGGGAAGGAAGCUGAAUCAGACUAUGAAGCAGCUAGAGACUCCUUUUCAUCUCAAGGUGAGUCUAACAGCAAUGAAGAUACUAAAGCGAAAAGAGUCUCAAGGGUUCCGAAGAAGCUAGCAAAAAAGGACACCAAGCCAAACAGCCCACGUCUGGCCAGAACUAAUUCCACUCGUCUAGUCAACAAGAAGCUGCAAUAUAUUUCACCAAACAAUAGUCCGAACAAAGCACCGAAGCCAAGCAAAGUGGCUAAUGGUGUUAAAACUGUUGAAGUUCAAAGGCCAGAAACUGUGGAAGUUACUUCUUGUCCUUCAUCUGAUGUGUCUGAGGAAACAAAUGAUAAAGCUAUUGAGGGCAGAGCCACCCAUGAUAAGUCCACCGAGGGCAGGGCCAAUGAUAAUAAGACCACCGAGGGCAGGGCCGAUGAUAAUAAGGCCACCGAGGGCACAACUGCUGAUGAUAAGGCCAUUGAGGGUGUAGAGACUGAUGAUAAGGCCAUUGAGGGCGUAGCGACUGAUGAUAAGGCCAUUGAGGGCGUAGCGACUGAUGAUAAGGCCAUUGAGGUUAUAGCGACUGAUGAUAAGGGCGUUGAGGGUGUAGAGACCAGUGAUACAGCCAUUGAAGAAGCAAAGGAAAUUGAUGUCUUAGACGAAGCUCCGAAAUGUGAUCAGAGUACUGGCACUGAUGAUGAAAUUGCUGAUACUGAACAGAACAUACUUGAUGAUGACAACUCAGUAGCAUAUGAGAAGAAUGAUGAGAAGAUUGAGGAAUUAGAAUCAAAAAUUGAAAAACUGGAGCAAGAGCUUCGUGAAGUUGCUGCCCUUGAGGUUUCUCUCUACUCUAUUAUGCCAGAGCAUGGAUGUUCAUCACAUAAGCUGCAUACGCCAGCUCGGCGUCUGUCUAGGUUAUAUAUCCAUGCAUCAAAGUUUUGGUCCCCAGAUAAGAAAGCUUCUGUUGCAAAAAACUCUAUUUCUGGGCUUGUGCUUGUAGCAAAGUCUUGUGGCAAUGAUGUUUCAAGGUUGACAUUCUGGUUAUCGAACACAAUUGUCCUACGAGAGAUCAUUGCACAAACCUUUGGCAUUUCAAGCCAAUCACCUGCAGUUAUGAAUGCUUUCACUACAAACAGAAACAGUAAUGCAAAAAAGCUUUACAAGAAUUCCCCGCCAAUGCGAUGGAAAAUGAAUUCCAGUGGCAAGCAGGCUAGACCUACUAUCAUGCAGUUUCCGGAUGAUUGGCAGCAAACUGGCACUGUCUUGGCUGCAUUAGAGAAGAUUGAAUCUUGGAUCUUUUCUCGGAUUGUUGAGUCUGUGUGGUGGCAGGCACUGACACCCCGAAUGCAAACUCCUGUUGAGGAUUCAUCAACGCCAAGUGUUGAGAAACUGUUAGGGCAUUCUUUGGCUGAUCAGCAUCAAACCACUUUUUCUAUUGAUCUUUGGAAGACUGCAUUUUGUGAUGUGUUCAGCAGAAUAUGCCCUCUUCGUGCUGGUGGACAUGAGUGUGGCUGCUUACCAGUAUUGGCCAAACUGGUGAUGGAGCAGUGUGUAGCCCGUUUAGACGUGGCUUUAUUUAAUGCCAUCCUCCGUGAAUCAGAGAAUGAGAUACCAUCUGAUCCAAUAUCCGAUCCGAUUCUUGACUCCAGGGUUCUGCCAAUUCCAGCUGGCAACUUAAGCUUUGGAUCAGGCGCACAGCUGAAGAAUGCAGUUGGAAGCUGGUCCAGAUUGUUGACGGAUAUGUUUGGCAUGGACGGUGAUGACUCUCACAAGGAUGGCCAAGGCGCAGGAGGAAAUGGUGAUGUAAGAAGAGAUGGAGCUGAAUCCAAUUCUUUUAAGCUGCUCAAUGAGUUGAGUGAUCUUCUCAUGCUCCCGAAGGACAUGCUUCUUGAGAAGUCCAUCAGGAAAGAGGUCUGCCCGUCGAUUGGCCUUCCACUAGUAACAAGGAUACUCUGCAACUUCACUCCGGACGAAUUCUGCCCUGAUCCUGUUCCUGGUUUAGUUCUGGAGGAGCUGAAUUCUGAGAGCUUGCUUGAGCGCUUCACAGAGAAAAAUCUGAUCAGCACAUUCCCAUGCACCGCUGCUGCCGUUGCGUACCGCGCCCCUUCAUCGGAGGAUGUAGCAGAGAAAGUGGCAAACACCAGUGGCACCGGAGAGGUGCAUCAAAGGGCCUCGAUGGUCCAGAGGAGGGGGUACACCAGCGACGACGACCUGGAUGACCUAGGCUCCCCCUUGAUGUCCCUCUACGAUCGGAGCUCCCCGCCCUCGCCUUGUGAUGGGGUCGCACAUUUCAGUACUCGCCAAGAAGGCGCCGUGGCAAAUGUAAGAUACGAGCUCCUAAGAGAAGUAUGGUCGGAGCGCCGUGAUUGA